UUUUAGUAAGUAGGCUUGUUCUGAUAAAGAGGCAUGAAGAACUUCAGACUGCCUUGUGAUCCCUAAAAUGUGAAAAGAGGAUUAUUAGAGUCAGACAAGAUGAUAUCCAGUUUUCAUUAAAAAUUCUGAGUUAUUUCAGCUAUGUCUUCCUCAAGCUGCUGUUCCGUUCGAAAAUACUUAUGCUUUGGCGACCGAAAUAACAAAUUCUAUAAAAAUUAAAAUGGAAGGUGAUAAAGAUCAGGCUAUUGAGCCGAGCGAAGAGAACUACAGUUGUCCGGUAUGCUUCACAGUUAUGGCAGAACCAGUGACAACCUCUUGUGGACACCACUUCUGCUAUAUUUGAAUAGCUCAGACUCUUGAAAGGAACAAUUUUGCAUGUCCUAUGUGCCGAGAAGGGUUUGAGGAAGGCUACAUCCCUGAUAUUGACAAAGAGUUUCAGAAAGAAGUCAGGGAUAAAAUGCCUGAGGAGUUCAAAGAAACCACAGCUUUCCUUAAGGAGAAUAAUCUAUUCAGAGGGGACCUUAAGAGCAUCAAGUUCUUCUUUGGCAACAAACAUAAAGAGAUUCAAGCAACUGCUUAUAUGGAAAAUGACCAUGAGUGGAUUGCAUUUGUGGAAUUUUUCAAUCCAGAAUAUACAAAGAGAUUUGUAUCCAAAGUAGAGUUUAAGCUUCAUCCUACUUUCCAACCAUCGAAGGUAACAGUCGAUCGUAUGCCUUUCCAAAUAAAGAGAAUUGGAUGGGGUAUAUUCGAGAUCAAAAUCACAAUAACAUGGAGGCACUGGAUGAAGAAAGAGCCUACCAAGUACACCCACAUGCUAAGCUUUGAUGGAGAUGGUAAGAGAAAUGCCUUCAUUGUGGAUGUUCCCAAAGAUAUGUAUGAUAAAGCUAUGGCUUAA